AUGAACAUACUCAACAGGCUCGGUCUAGGAUCAGGUGGGCCAACAACAACUACGGAUCCAUCUCCGAUCGCUCAAGGAAACGACGACGACUCUCCCACGCCGGGAAAUCACUUUGCCCAAUUCGCCGCCGGAUGCUUCUGGGGCGUGGAGCUAGCGUUUCAGAGGCUCCCUGGGGUGACUCAUACAGAGGUUGGAUACACGCAAGGGAUCACUCAUAAUCCUUCGUACGAGGAUGUCUGUUCUGAAACCACGGGACAUGUUGAGGCUGUUAGGGUUCAGUAUGAUCCUAAAGACUGCACCUUUGAGUCUCUCCUUGAUUUGUUUUGGUCUAGGCAUGAUCCCACUACCUUGAAUCGUCAGGGAAAUGAUGUGGGAACGAGAUACCGAUCUGGGAUAUACUACUACACACCAGAGCAGGAGAAGCUAGCCCGGGAGUCACUUGAAGGUCACCAGCAAAAGAUGGAGAGGAAGAUCAUGACUGAGAUCUUGCCUGCUAAGAAAUUCUACAGAGCUGAGGAGCAUCAGCAGCAGUAUCUGUCCAAAGGUGGAAGGUUUGGCAUGGGGCAGUCUUGUGCCAAAGGCUGCACUGACCCAAUCCGCUGCUACGGCUAA